AUCCUAGCGUGUAGUUAAAAGGCGCCGUCUACGCGGAAGAGGCCGACGUCGGCCGAAAGUUUAUGUUGUUUUAUUUUCUGUCUCGCUCGCGCAUUAAAAACAUCGCCCGAAGCUCGCCGGCGCGCUUUCGAGCACGGCUUCUCGGCACGAAUGCGUGUGCUUUUUGUAUUAAUAUCGACAAUGUAACAGUUUGUUUGUGUACACAGAAGUAAAUUGUUUGAACGUAAUUUAUAGAAUCUUUGGCCUCGUUAUUUUGUGCGGCUAGUGAACUGUACCGGUGCGGUGGAUGUUUAGAAAUUUGUUCCGCAAGUUCGAAUCUUUGAAGGAAUCAUGUGCGCGUACGUGAAUUCUACAUCGCGAUGCAGCGUUGCCCCUACAUCCACGAGAUGAAGGAGCGGCUGCUGGGCGCGCCUCCCGAUACCCCCGACACGAGGGAGGCCAGAGAGGCAAGAGAAGGGAGAGGCGCAGGGGAAGGACCCCGUGAUCGCGCCCUCGAAUUAGUUCAAGACACCCAGGUCGGCACCAUCGUCAAACUGAAUUCCGACGGGUACGGGUCGCACACGUCGCCGGCGCGGGCUCCGCUGGUGACGGACGAGUGCGAGGCGCCCGCGGACGAGACGGACGCGCUGUCGCCCACAGAAGCAGUACUACGGUACCGUGCUUGCUGUCAGCCGGACACAACGCCCAAAAAUGCCAAAACAUCAUUAUUCAUCAUCUCAAGUUUUAUUUACGCUAAACUACUGGUAGUGGUGUGCAUCGCGUACGUAAUCAGCGAUGUCAUCACUCACAACCUCCCGCUCUACUACUACGAGGGUUUCUUCACCUAUUUGUAUGGAAUGAGUAUACUCUUCCUGCUCUACGUCUUCUGUUUCCUACUUCAGGAAAGUGCUUGCUGCAACGGUAGUCCGCCAAAACCGAAGCCACCACCGAAAGAAAAGAAACCCAAAAAAGAAAAGGAAAAGAAGACCAAAGAUAAAGAAGGAAAGGAAGGAAAGGAUGGAAAAGAUGGAAAAAAGGAUGCAAAGAAGGAUGGUAAAUCUAAGGACAAGGACAAGGAUGGCGGAAAGGACAAGGCGACUAAAGAAAGCAAGAAACAAAGUCAAUUCCAGGAGGUGUAUCCCCGUAAGAUGCGUGAUAAAGUACGACAACAACAAUUACAAAUGCAAAUGGCUCAGUUGUAUGCGUCUGAUCAGCAACAAGAUGUCGUGGAGUUGGAAGCCGGUCCUGUUGCAAGACCAAUGCGCCGACGAAAGACUUCGCAGAACGACCAUAGCCACGGAAGCUUCUUCCUUAGAAUUGGCGCAAUCGCAUUUGGCCUAGGCACCAUGAUCUACAAUGGCUUAGAAUUCGGAACAUUCUUCGAAUUGCCUUUGGAUUCACCUUGUUAUCUCAUUCUUAAAGGUGUAAACCCAGUAUUGCAGAUGGUCUUUACGUUUAUGCAAAUGUAUUUUAUCUUUAUGAAUUCGAGAUUGAACAUCCAUCGGUUCAAAGUAAUUGCUCGAUUCGGCCUUAUGCACGUUGUCGCUACCAACAUUUGUGUUUGGAUUCGCACUCUGGUGCUGGAAUCUCUGAAAGAGAUUACCGAUUACCAUGUAAAGAAUCCUCAGGGUAUUCCUGGCGAAGGCAUACUUGGAAAAGUCAUCCGGAAACAUACCUUGAGACAUUCUGGUAAAGUAUUUGGCGCGGCAACCACGGCCGCUACCAGUAUCGCGGCGACAUCGAUAUCUAUGGCAAAGAGCACAAGCGAUCAGAUACUUAAUGUCGUUACGACUACCGUAGCUGCCCCUACUACCGCUUCAACUACGACAACCACUCCUUCACCAUAUUAUAAUGCCGGUAGUGGAUUCAUAUCAAAUUCCAAAAUAAUCGACACUAUUAAAAGCACGGUAGGGUACGGCAACGGUUUGCAUCACGGUCGCGAGUCGAAACACUCCUGGCUGAACGAUAACCCAUUCACGACCACAUCAACCAUCGCACCGAUAACUACUGAUAAAGUGACUCCGACUCAAACAGCCAUGUUGGAAGUUUUCCAAUGGCUUUAUACUUCGACUUUAAAACCCAUAGUCAAUAGCGUGACCACAAUGGUGUCCUCGACGCCGGAAACAUACAUAACAGACAAAGAUGAAUGGGGAAAUAGCAUUCAAAAGUAUCGCGUCGAUGAACCACCUCAUGUGCCAGCUAAUUCCACGGAACUCUUCGAGUCUUUUGAUAUAUUGAACCCGGCCGCCCUGAUUGCCAAUAUCGAUAAUUCAACUGUCUGUGGAAGGAAUCCAAUCAUGGGUACCAUCGUUACUGACUCCGCUCCAUAUCUUUAUCCAUUUAUUAUUGAGUAUUCGCUUAUCGGAGCAGCCGUUAUUUACGUUAUGUGGAAGCAUAUCGGAAGAUACCCAAGCGUGGCGAACGAUGAAGAUCUGGAAAGACGUCUGGAAGCUGUUCUCUCCCGCAGGGCGGCGGCGCUGGCGGCUGCGCAGCGUGGCAAUCGCGUCGACUGCGCCGGUGCUUCCAAGGGUCUCUUCUGUGGAUUGCUGCUUUUGGUCGCGUCUCUUAUCUGCUUGAUCUUAUUCUUCGUCUUGAUUAGACAUCACGAACUGAAGCGUCUGUCGAUUUACUUGGCCGACGUCUCACACUGCGCUCUCAUGGUCCUGUCUAUUUUGGCAAUAUUGAUUGGGUUUAUACGUGGCCGUAAAUUAAAAUGGAGCGCCAAUCCUUCCUGUACCGAGCCUCUUCGCAGGGUGCAAUCUCUGAAGUUCCGCUCAGAAGAACAAUCGGAUUUGAACGACAUCUUGCUCCGCGUAUCUGCGUUUGGACUCUUCGUGUACGCCGUGUUUAGCGUCAUCGCCGGUGGCAUGGGCGCUUUCACUCAUGAACCCAACUUACUCGUCAUGAUUACUGGAUGUUUAAGCGUGCUCCAGGUGGUUCUCCAGCUGUUGUUCAUAGCUGAUGUGUCUCGUCGCCGCGUACAUCUUCCCGAGCAAGAGCGCAGCAAGCCCGCGCGCCAGGCUGUCACCUUCCUGCUUAUCUGCAACGUCACCAUGUGGCUCAUCUACACAUUCGAGGCCCAAAAAGUUCUCGCUAACCCGGUACAACUUGAUUUCUACGGUUUCGUAGCCUGGUCGCUGGUUCAACGGUUCACUCUGCCGCUUUGCAUCUUCCAUCGUUUCCACUCUGCAGUCACUCUUGCUGAGAUCUGGAAGACUAGCUACAAAGCACGUCUCGAGUGAACGUAUCCAUAAAUGGAUUUAAAAUCCAUUCUUCAACAAUCAGAAACCCAUUACUAUUCAGGGUGAAAGAUAUCGUUUUCGUCCUUGCUCGGGACAGCAAUUUUAAUAGGUAGAGCAAAUAAAUUUGUUGCUAGAUUUGAAUCGUCUUGCUCUUUCGUCUUAAUAUAGUUAUAGGAUCGGAUUUAGUACAUUGAGAUGUUUCGAUAAUCUAGAAUCUCUUCCGGAGUUCAUAACUCGUUGCCGCAAAUACCAUCUACCACGCAUGUCGAUUUAUUAUGUUGGUUAUUAGUAUCCUGAAAAUAUCAUUAUUACUCUUACUUACAUUCCAUGCUCGUUUACCGCUUCAACAUUAUUUACAGAUUAAUUUUCUUGGAAGACUGACUACGGAGACUUAAACCCAAAAUCAAUAUCAAUCUCGAAAUAUUAAAAAAAAUACAUUAAUUUCUUUAUACGUAAAAAGAUUUGCUCAUAUCUUGAAAUUUUAUUCUAGAAGUAAAAAAAUUUUUUGAUUUUUUUUUUUUGAAAAUGAGAGUUAAUCAGUUGAACGAAAACUUGUAAUACAUUUUAAUCUCAGUUGUGAAGUGUUCCCUCCUCUGUUAGACAUAAUUUUUGUGCCAUUAUUUUAGGGUAAGACAGAACACGAAUUGACAAUAUUUUACAUAAUUUUCUUUAUUCUGAAGAUGGCGUGAAGCGCGAUUGGUUGAUGUUUUACGAACAAAAACAAUAAUAAACAUGCAAUGAAUUACUUUAACAUAGAAACAACUUGAUACUAUACAGACCAGAUUUCAAAUAAUUAGAGUAUUUGAUGUUUGUGUGUACUUUCAAAUUAGUAGUGAUUUUAAUGUUAGAAAAUUGCUAUAUUAAAUUUUCAAAAGAUUUAUUAGCCAACAUAUUAUUCGGGAUAAGCAAGUAGAAUUCUAUUAAAAGUUUAAUACUUAUAUUUACUUUUAAGAAUUAGAUAACAUUUGAAAUAUAUUAUAUCUAUUUAAAUGUACUUAAAUGUAGAGAUUUACAACGGUAUGUGGCGCAGAUUGCAGUAAACUGCUUCGGACAGAUUGGAUUUUGAGUUUAGGACAUUUUAAAUUGCAAGGGGCCAUAAAAUAAAAUGUUAUUAAUUCAUCGCACACUAUUAACAUUCAAUUAGCUCAUUCACAGAUGUUAAAACGUGAAAUUAGUUGUAGUUAUUAGAUUUGUGACGAAUUAAAAAAAAUGUAUUUGUGUUUAUCGUCUCAAGGUCAUUCCCUCGAAUUA